AUGGCUAGUUACAAAGCCGACGAAGAAUACGAUUACCUGUUCAAGCUCGUCUUGAUCGGCGACUCCGGUGUCGGCAAAUCGAAUCUGCUCUCCAGAUUCACCAAGAACGAGUUCAAUCUCGAGUCCAAGUCCACUAUUGGUGUUGAGUUCGCCACCAAGACACUCAAAGUCCAAUCCAAAGUCGUCAAAGCUCAGAUUUGGGAUACCGCUGGUCAAGAGAGGUACCGAGCAAUCACAAGCGCUUACUACAGAGGAGCUGUUGGUGCUUUACUCGUCUACGACGUGACAAGGCACACGACCUUUGAGAACGCAGCAAGAUGGCUAAAGGAGCUAAGGGGGCACACGGACCCGAACAUUGUGGUGAUGCUUAUAGGGAACAAGUGCGAUUUGCGCCACUUGGUGGCAGUCAAAACAGAGGAUGCUAAAGCCUUUGCUGAGAGAGAGUCUCUCUAUUUCAUGGAGACGUCAGCGCUAGAUGCAACCAAUGUUGAGAACGCGUUCACGGAAGUGCUCAAUCAGAUUCACAAGAUAGUGAGCAAAAGAAGCGUGGAUGGAUCGAACACAGAAGGAGGAACUUCGACUGAGUUACCAAAGAAAGGAGAGACGAUUAACGUUAAAGACGACGGAUCGGUUCUUAAGAGAAUGGGUUGCUGCUCUAACUAG